AUGCAAAGACUAUGGUCCCGCGUUGCUCCGACGCAGUCGACCUGUCGAUGCGUUCCCUGCCUUAGUACCAGCGCACCUGGAAUAACGUCCCGGGCAGCAACCGCAGCAAGCAGAAGACGCCUUCGCAUAGGGAAUUCGGUCACAGCGCUGUACACCAGUAUCUUUGCUGCCGCAGCUUUGGCAGAUGCUCAGGCCAAGGACAAGCGCCGACAUGAGUGGGCCGAGAAGAUCGCAGCCGUGAAGGAGGAGGUGAACGAAUUGGUGAAUGAAGAACAUCGACUACUAGAGGCCAUUCAGGCUCGGAGGUCACGUACACUGUUACAAGGAGCUUUACAAAAACGAUCAUUUACGACCUGGAGAUCAAUACCAACGCCGAGAUGCCACCAAUGGCUCCAAAGGAAUUCUCUCCGUCGUUUGGUCCAUGCACCUCCUCCCCGUCGUUCGGUCCAUGCAGUACAAAGUGCUGAUCUUGAGGACGACGAAGAAAUAGUCGAUGAGUUUCAGUCAAGAAAACUUCAGGAAAUUGGUGAAGACGAAGGGGAUCUUGAUGACGACACAAUAGAGCUGGAAGAUGGUUUCUUCCCUGAAGAUAUGGAAGUUCCGAAGUGGCUGUCGGACGAUAUAAUUCGACAGAAGGCCAUCCGGAAACUUGCAGUGAAGCAACUAGCGAUACGACUUUUGCUUCGCGAGUCAAUCGCACACAAUUACUCGGGUAUUGCGAUGGACCACAAGGCCGACUUUGAUAUGCCCCAACUUAAUUACUCAGAGUUGUUGUCUGAAUUAAACAAACUUCGACGCAGAAUUCGUCUUUUAAAACGCACUGAAGGUGCAUACUAUGACGAUCUGGCACAUGAUCUCCGCGUACGAUCGACUGCGGAGCUGAAAAUGGAGCGUACAAGACUCGACGAUGAAGCAGCUCGAGAUGUCUCGUUGUUUCUCAGAAACAAAAUGUCGAUACAGGAAUUGAAUCUGCGAUUAGCGAACAAUCUUCUUCAAUCAUCGGAUCCUGACCGACCAUUUUUUAUGAAGCUGAUGAUAUUAGCUUUCACCAGGUCCAUGCAGAACGAUCUUUCGGACCUGGUGCUCAAGACGGUGUUGCCGCACAAGUUUCCAUUAAAUUCUUCUCUCAUCAUUUCAAUUUUGACCUAUUACAAGAAAUCCAAAAACCUCAAAGCGUUUGAUUCGUUCCUGAAAGUGCUUCGGGGUGAAGGCUACCCGGUGGAUCUGGGCAAAUUGGGCUUUUACAAAAAGAUGGUCGUCAAUGGCGUGGAAAUAACCAUUCCCCCUGUGGCCAGUGCUAAUCCUGUCAUCUAUACGACGUUGAUCACAGCAGCUUUGCGCUUCGAACAACUGGAUCGAGCUGAUGCCUGGCUUCAAGCCGGGAGGAAACACGGCUUCACAGACGAUUUCUCGACUCUCUACGCCUAUCUGAAGUAUUACGCCAAAAGGGAAGACUGGCAAAACGGGUUGUAUGCACUCAGGAGAUCGCUUGCCUUCCUAACAGGCUCAACGCUACACUCCGAUCGGCAUGUCGAGAGACUGAUUGUGCACAUGGUGCAGCUUUGUGACUGGUGUGGAAAAUGGGACCUUGCCGAUGCCAUGAUCUCAGCCGCAAUCGACAGCGGCUUUGAUUGGAGUUCCGCCACCACAAAUCAACUUGACAUCCAAUUUGGCCGAGAUCCUCGCCUCCAUUACUGGCAGAAGAGGGUCGACAAGACGACAAUAGAGAAACGAAGUAGGCCUGCAUGGGAAAAGGCUUUUAUGUUUGCCAAGCUAUUUGGGGAGCAAUUAGAGGAUCUCGGUCUACCAGAGAAUCAGAAUCCCGCUGCCCACUGGCAGAAGAUGGUUGCCCUGCAUUCUCGGGAAGUGCUGUCGGCUAUGUCUGGCCCUCUCCGUAAACUCAAAGACGCAAAACAGACCGAACGAGCUCCCCGGCCGAACCUCAGCCGUGACGAUUUCGACUUCGUUGACCAUGACAGUUCUGACCCUAUUGAAGAACACGAAAUUUUUGCUGCGAAGAAGACGACGCGGGAGGAACUUGACAUUCUGAGAUCGGAGGUGCGGGAUUUGAAGGAAAUGGUUUACAAACUACGUCCCAGGUUUCGGCGGAACCGUGUGGCUUCCACCGACAACGGUAUAGAAACCCCAGAGGGAACACAAGACAACCUACAGAGCGCCACGGUUCACUGA